CCUCCCUACGACAACCUUAAUCCGUAGAAUUAUGUUUUUUGUGCCUCUGGCUCUUGAAUAAUCAUCGUUAGUGUACAUGUGCAAUUUAUGAUAGGCCCUACGCAAACGGAAAUGCAUCCUGCUUGGGUACCACCUGCCUUUGGAGUACGCCACCUUAUUACUCUGUUCUGAACCGUAUCUCAGCAUAUCAGCAUCGGCACAUCAGGACAGCGGGCACCCUUGAAGCAUUGCUUUGUGUUCACCCUCACUGGUCUUGUGGAACCUCUGGUAAUGAUGGUCCAGUGAAGGGCAGUAAGAUUAGGACAUCUCAGCUAGACCAUCACCCAAAGCACCACCUUUCUUCAGGUUCUCCAUUCUCAUCACAGUCACUUCCCUACUGCCCCAUCUCUGGAAGCCCUUUGAACGAUCACCAGGCUCCAGGAUGAGUGGGCUCAUCGGCAAACUGGACCCUCGGCGGAUUCAGUGGGGGACCACCUGGUAUGCCUUCCAGUCCCGUGUCCUGCGCACGAAGCCGGUGGAGUCCAUGCUGGAGAGCACAGGUGGCACUGGGGCUCAUGGAACCAAACUCGCUCGUGUACUCUCCACUGUGGACCUUGUGUCUCUGGGAGUGGGAAGCUGUGUGGGUACGGGGAUGUACGUGGUAUCUGGACUAGUGGCUAAGGAAAUGGCAGGCCCUGGGGUCAUUGUGUCUUUCAUCAUUGCUGCCGUGGCCUCCAUCCUGUCAGGGGUGUGCUAUGCUGAGUUUGGUGUUCGCGUACCUAAAACCACAGGUUCAGCCUAUACUUACAGCUAUGUGACUGUGGGCGAAUUUGUGGCUUUUUUCAUUGGCUGGAAUCUGAUUUUGGAGUAUCUCAUUGGCACAGCAGCAGGGGCCAGUGCGCUCAGCAGCAUGUUUGACUCGCUGGCAAAUCACACCAUCAGUGGUUUCAUGAUCAACCACAUAGGAACGCUCAAUGGCCUGGGUAAAGGUGAGGAGUCGUAUCCUGACAUCUUGGCUCUCGUCAUAGCCAUCCUGGUCACAGUGAUAGUUGCCCUUGGUGUGAAGAAUUCUGUGGGCUUCAACAACGUGCUGAACAUCAUUAACCUGGUGGUGUGGGUGUUUAUGAUGAUUGCAGGCCUGUUCUAUGUUAGUGGGAGCAACUGGGACGAGGGACGAUUCCUGCCUUAUGGCUGGUCUGGGGUCAUGCAGGGUGCAGCCACUUGCUUCUAUGCCUUUAUAGGAUUUGACAUCAUAGCCACAACCGGGGAGGAAGCCAAGAGCCCAAACACCUCCAUCCCGUACGCCAUCACUGCCUCUCUGGUCACCUGUCUCACUGCCUAUGUCUCUGUCAGUGUGAUCCUAACCCUUAUGGUCCCCUACACUGAAAUUGAUUCAGAUGCUCCACUGAUGGAAAUGUUUUCUCUACAUGGGUUCCAAACUGCCAAAUAUAUAGUGGCCAUCGGCUCCAUUGCUGGACUUACCGUCAGUUUGUUGGGCUCUCUCUUCCCAUUGCCAAGAGUCAUCUACGCCAUGGCAGAAGAUGGUUUGCUCUUCAGGUUCCUGGCCAAUGUGAGCACAUACACAGAGACUCCAGCAGUGGCAUGUGUGGUGUCAGGGUUCCUCUCAGCUCUGCUGGCUCUGCUGGUCAGUCUGAGGGAUCUCAUCGAGAUGAUGUCCAUCGGCACCCUGCUAGCCUACACACUAGUAUCAGUGUGUGUGCUACUGCUGCGUUACCAGCCUGAAGGAGACAUCCACGGCUUUAUCAAUUUCCUUUCAGAGCAGAAUGGCAAGCAUAAAGAGGGUGUGCUGGCUGAAUGCGAGAAGGAAGCCUGCUCACCGGUCAGUGAGGCUGAUGAUUUUGGAGGACCUCCAACCAACACCUGUGGAGCAAAGAAUCUCCCAUCACUGGGUGACAGCGAGAUGCUGAUCGGUAAGCCUGACAAGUCCACCUACUCAGCCAGUCACCCCAACUAUGGUACUGUGGACAUGUCCUCUGGCAUUGAAUCGGAUGAGACGGAUAGCGUGUACCUGUCAAAGUUAAAGAAGCUGUUGGGGCCUCGCUACUACACCAUGCGCAUUCGGCUUGGCCUACCGGGCAAGAUGGACAGGCCCACUGUGGCCACCGGGCGUAUUGUCACCCGCUGUGUCAUCCUGCUCUUCAUCCUCAUCUUCUGCUUCUGCUCCCUUAUCAUUUUCGGGUCAGGUCAAAUCGCAGAGGGUCAAUGGUGGGCCGUGCUACUGCUGGUGGUGCUAAUGCUGGUCAUCACUCUCUUGAUCUUUAUCAUCAUUCAACAACCUGAGAACCCAAAGCGCCUGCCUUACAUGGCACCCUGCGUACCCUUUGUCCCAGCCUCCGCUAUGCUAGUAAACAUUUACCUCAUGCUCAAGCUCUCCAACAUCACAUGGAUCCGUUUUGGUGUAUGGUGCUUUGUGGGUGUUCUGAUCUACUUUGGCUACAGCAUUUGGAACAGCACCCUAGAGAUUACGGCCCGUGAGGAAGAGGUCCAUGCAAGCACAUACCAGCGCUAUGACAUGGGCGUGGAUGACAAUUUAGCAGUGAAUGAUGAGCUGUACCCUUCAGGAGAUGGGGGGCAGUACCAAAGUUGGGGCUUCAAUGAGGGAAGAGGUGGACACCAGAAACAGCAAUGCCAGGAGCAGAGGGAGCCUAAGCCUGAUGGCCCAGACAGUGUGGACAACCACAGGACCUCAUCAUCCUCCUCACACAGCAGGGCCAAAAGCAAAGCUGCUAAUGCUGCUCCAGGUUUUGAGGCACUGGUAGUAGACGACAAUUUGGAUGAUCCUUUGGAAUGAGAAUGUAAUUUGAAUGUACUUGUCUGCCAACAACUGCAGAACCCUUGGGCUAGGUUGUUAUCUCUCUGCAAUGAAUAUUUAUUUUACUCCCGUUCCAUGAUUUGCAGCCAUUUAUCACUAUUGAUAGGAUAAUAAGAUUGGUCAGGAUGUUUUUUUUUUAUAUAUAUAUAUAUAUAUAUAUUAUGAAUAAUUUUGUGAUCAGAUAACACAAAACAAAUAUCCCUAUUUAGACUUUUCAUUUAAUGUUUUGGUCCAGAGUUCUUAUUGUAUCCAUGUUAAGAUCCUCAUACUCUCCGACAUAUACUCAUGUUAAUUUGUAAUAAUGUGUACAAGAUGGUGAAAUCUUUAGAUACAACUUGUCUUGUACGAAAAUAUUUGACUUUUAUUUCCAUAGAGAUAAACCAAUCAACAAACAGUCAAUAUCAAUUUAAAUGUCGAUACAAUGGUGGCAUCAGAAUUUAGCUAGCCUUCUACCUAACACUAUUUUAAUAAAGCUGACGUCUGUGCACAAAUUUGGUCACUCGUUCCAUAUUUAGGCUUAUUUAUACAAUACAAAUGACUGAUGUAUGUUACGAACCUGUAUUACGCUUCCUUCGUCUCAUUCCAAACCUGAGGUUUUCUUUCUUUUUCCAUGCAUACAUCAUUGGGUUUAGGGUUUUGUUAAAGGAUUAGACUUUAUGGUUGGAUUAAGGUUUAGGUUAGGGGUUAAACUUUAGAAACAUUUGAAUAAUACCAUCCAUUGAACCAAUGGACCAGUUUCCCAUUUGCUCCUCUAUGGGAGUUGAACUUGUAAAUUUUUGUACAAGUCAACUUGUAAACAUUUUUAAGAUUUUGCCAUCUUGUACUAUUAUGAUUUGUCAUGAGAGCGAGUUGGACCCACCAAGCACUUAAAUACAUACCACUUGUUGUUUCAGUUGAAAGCAGCAGUUUCCCCUCAAAAUGGCAUUAAAUAGCAUGAUAUUUAUUGCCCUCUGGUUUGUAGUUUACUGCAGCCCAGUUAGUUAUCACAUGUUCACACCUUUCCCCAAAAUGACCCAUGGAACCUGCAUCACUUCCUUUACUUAAGCUGAUAUCUAUUAGCCCCAACAUUGUCUUUAUGUGAAGUCAAUAUAAAACCAGCAGAAACAUUGCCAUGGCCCUUGCUGCAGUAGUUCACCUUAAAACACUUAAAGCAAUUUGCACAGACUUUUGUGAUUUGAGUAACUUACUGGAGAUGCUACACUUGCUUUUUUUAAUCAAUUUUAAAAUUGCAUAGAUUUAAGUCAGUGUGGCCUCACAGUUUUGGUUGACAUGAGCAGAGAAUAAAAGGCUUAUUUCUCUUCCACUCUUAUUUCUAGCCCAAGUGAGGUUUGGACUGUAGGUUGUCACAAAUAGUAGAUGGACUUUGCUUGCAAUAGUGCCUUCAUUUGUCUGUGUGUGCUUUAAAUAUGACCAUCAUGAUGUCCAUGCUUGUUUAUUUUUCAUACUUUCAUGUUUUUCAUCAGUAUGUUUUUCUUAAUUUGUUUUUGACAUAAGGAGUUAUGUCCAUGGUUGUUACCUGGUGAAAGUUAGUGUGCCUGUCAGCCAUCAUAUUUCACUACCGACCAUCCAUUCAUCCUUUGUGUUGGUGACACAGAUUCAUCCUUGCAAGCAGGCAGCUCUGUGUAAAUUACAAUGGUGUGAACACAGUACAAUUUGUGUCUCUUGUCCGGUCAGUGUCCCUUAAAAAUAGAAAAAGAAAAGACGGUAAAUUGUGCAAUUUGCAUGUAGAGGGAAGUGUGUUGUAAAUUUCUGUCUGGCUGUGCUGUUCUGCUAUUCUCUCCCUGAUAAUUCUCAUACCGUUCAACCGACUUGUCAAGUCCAACUCUACAGUAUCUGUGCUACAGCUCUUCCUGCCAAAAAAUGGGGAAAAGAAACAAGAAAUAGAAAACCAAGCCAGGCCUCAAAUCCAUACUUCCUUAUGUGUGAAAAUUAUUUUGAAACUGAAAAAAAAGAGAAAAAAGGAUAGAGAUCUACAAGAUCUUUGCAUAUAUUUUCCCACCAGCACAGUAUAUAGAGCAUUAUUUGGGGCCUGGCUUGGUUUUAACUUUGUUGCUGUGGCAUUUUGCUGAAAGUGUACAGGGCCCAGAGUCAAACUAUAUUUUUGAGUAUUUGCAUGUAUGGUGACCUUUGAAAGACUUGAUGUAACUCAAAUGUAGCAUUCUGAGAGAUGAGGGUAUCCUCCCUCCAACCCCUCCUCUUUCUGAGUGGCCUCUGUUUACAAAGCAAGCCAAAGUCUGCAACCUUUGUUUACUGUAUAUGAAAAAUGACAGCAUUUUAUUUCCAUAGAGUAGAGCACCAUAUAAUAGUGUGGAGAUACAAGACAAAGAAAUGAGAAGUAUUUUUUUACAGGCUUUAAUAUCUUCAUGUACUCUGUAGGUAGCUAGGCCACCGUUGGUGUGUUUAUUUUUGUUGUUAUGGGGAUCAGCAGAACUUCUAAAGAAAAGUGAUGAAUGUAUAUAUUUUUAAUGCCCUCUUUUUAGACAGAUAAAACUGGAGUCUUUGGGAUUUUGAUGUAGUAGUUUUGAUAUAAAGGGAUAGUUCACCCAAAAUAAUAAUUCUGUCACUCACUUAUUCACUUUCAUGUCAUUCAAAAACCAUAUUGACUUUUUUCCUCCUCGCAACACAAAUGGAGAUGUUAGGCCAAAUGUUAGCCUUAGUCACCAUUCAUUUUCAUUGCAUGGGAAAAUUAUGCCAUGAAAGUAAAUAGAGACUGAGAUGGCACUGAAGAAAUACAAUCACAUUAGGGUGAAUAAAUGAUGACAGAAUUUUCAUUCUUGGGUGAACUAUCCCUUUACUUGAAUAUUAGAAAUGCCUAGAUCUGAUGCUUAGACUGAAAACUACAGAGAUAUUUGAUUAUAAACCUGUCAGAAAAAAACGAUCUACAAUGUUUCCAAAUGCUUUUAAAAUCAGCUACUAUUUGUUAUUUAUUUGUCUCUGAGAAAAGGUACAGUGUUUGUACUUUGUGAGCUUUCUAUCCUGCUCUCAUAGCGUGUUUGUUAUUUGUUCAGAAAAUUUGGAGAUUGGCUUCCCUUGCAAAUCUGAAACGUGUUUCUGCUGUAUAUUUAGGUAUGAAGUGGAUGUAUUUAAAAAAAAAAAAAUCUAUUUAUUGUUCUUCUACUUGUGGUUUUGCUCUCCCGUUGCACUGUGUAAUGAGAUGUAUUGCUUUAAUGCAACAAUGAAAGUCAUUUAUUGCAUAUCAGAUAAGCGUGACUCUUGAUUUUCCUUUUGCUUAAAGGCAGUAUCAAACAACCCAAAAUCAGCAGGUCAAAAAUAUCCUCACAUAGGUGGCUUGUGUAAACAGGCUCGCUCUGUUUCCUGUGGGGUGGAGUGGUGAGCCUAAAAUAACACAGAUCUGAGUGUAGCACCUGAGUGCAAGGGAAGCAUACUGGUCAUACUGGGAGCGCUACUAGCUAUGCAAAGGAAUGAGAUAAACACACAACAGAUCGAUGUUCCAUUGUCAUUGCUACAGUGGUGGUAUAUGUCGAUGUAAUACAACAUGGUUUUGAGAUAUCAAAGCAUGUUGUUAUGUUUAAUUCAUACAGUUCAGACCUGUCUGUCUGUAUGGUGUCGACAUCGACACAACCAUCUCUCCUGAAGCACACUCCCUCUGUGGGAGGGUCUUCAAAAUGUUUUUCCUAUGAGGCAAUCAUAGGAUGUCAUUUGUGUUCAUUUGUCAUCAACCUAAAUCGAAAUCAAAUGUGAUGUCCUUAUUUUACGUAAUCCUUCUGAUGCAAAAUACCCUGGUGCUAUUAUA